GCGGCUACACUCAGAGUUCUCCUCCACACUGUAAACAUCACCUUAACUACCCAGGUUUGGACUCGGUAGUGUGCAGAUUCUAACGAAAAGUCAGUCUCGGAAGGAAGACGUUAGCAGCCGGUCCUGUCACCGCUACAGGUCACCGCCCAGCGCUGAUUUAACGGAUAAUUUAGUUAGCUCGUUAGCUAGCAUGCCGCUGCCUCCUCAGGUCAGAAAAGUCCUCCUGGAUUAAUUUAUUCUCGCCAUGACUGAGUUAAGAUGUCGCAAAUCGGACAAUCUGGAACGAGAUAAUGAAGAAGAAGAGGAACAGAAAGAGCAGCUCACGAGCCGCGUUGAUGAGCUGAAUGGAUCCAGCGGUGGAGCAGAGGAGAGCCUGCAGCAGAAAGAUGAGGCUGAAGUCAAAGAUCAAGAUCACGACGCGGACACGCCGCAGUCCUCUGUCAGAACAUCCAAGAACUUAUCUGCACCAGGUUUCCUGCAGCGUCUGGUGAGGGUGUUUUUUGGAUGUCUUGCAGCAGUUGCAUGUGGCAUGCUGUAUGCCGUGUAUCUGUCCACAUAUCAUGACAGGAAGUUCUGGUUUUCAACACGGCAGGAGCUGGAGCGUGAAAUCACCUUCCAGGGAGGCAGCGGGUUCUAUUAUUACUACUACACACACAUGUUGACAGCGCCGUCUUUCGAAAGAGGGCUUUACGAGCUGAUGGUGGAUAACCGCACUGUUUCAGGCCAGACAAUCAACGCCGUGGAGCGUUUAUCUCUCUAUCCAGAGCUCAUCACAAGCUUCAUAUACAGAGUCACAAACAGUCAGGAUUUGGUGGAACCCAUCUACUUCUACAUCGGCGCCGUCUUUGGGCUGCAGGCGGUCUACGUCACGGCCCUGUUUGUGUGCAGCUGGGUGAUGAGCGGCACCUGGGUGGCAGGCAUGUUGGCUGUGGCCUGGUAUGUCAUCAACAGACCAGACACUACCAAAGUGGACCACGCGAUCCCUCUGCGGGACAACUGGGCUCUGCCUUAUUUUUCUUGUCAGGUUGCAGCUUUGACUGGAUUCCUGAGCAACAACAUCAGCUCUGCCACAGAGAUGUUCUGCUAUCUCACCAUGAGUGCCGCGACCUUCACCUUCCUCCUGAUCUGGGAACACAGUCACUAUGUGCUCUUCAUCCAAGGCCUCUGUCUGUUUCUGCUCGACUCUUUUGACCUGAUGCCUCCUCGAAAGAUGGCCGACAUCCACAAGGUGUACCUCAGCUCCUUGUUCCUGGCCUACUUGUUUCAGUUUCAGAACACGGACCUGCUCAGCUCGCCGCUGCUCAGCCUUCUGAUUGGCUCAGUGCUCGCGAGGUACUUCCAGCAAAAGAUGAAGAUGGGUCCUCUUGUGGCUCGAGUGAUGAAGCUCUUCUUACAUUUCCACCUGGUGUUUACCACCGGGAUCACCUUCAGCUACUUAGUUAAGAAACUUCUACCUGUCAGUGAAAGCGACUUCAUAUUGAAGUUCCUUGAAGUUAAAUUUGGCCUCAACACAACAACCGAUUUUGUCCCAAACUUCCUCUUGUGCCAAGAAAGUUUGCAGAGUCCGAGCCAGGACGUUUUUCUACGGCUGACGCAGGCUUCAGUCCUUCCUUUUUACUUCCUGGUGCUCUCGGUGUGCCUGCUGUCCACCGUGCAGACCAUCUACCUGCGGCUCAGUGGUCACCCAAAGAAAACCAACCACGUGCUGGAGGACGGGCGGAUAGGAGAGCAGCCCGAGGUCGUCUACCACGUUUUUCACACCCUGUUUUUCGGAGGCCUCGCUCUGCUGUUCGACGGGAUGAAGUAUUUAUGGACGCCGUAUGUGUGCAUGUUUACAGCGUUCGGCGUGUGUUCGCCUGACCUCUGGUUGACCGUCUUCAAGUGGCUCAAGCUCAAGUCCAUCCACCCAGUGGUGUUGUCUCUCAUCCUGAGCACGGCUGUUCCCACCAUCAUUUGCUUCAGUUUAUGGAGAGAGUACUGCCCACACGUCAUCGCAGAGCUGACCGACCUGCAGGAGUUCUACGACCCGGACACCGUCGAGCUGCUCAGCUGGAUCAAGUCCCAGGCUCCGGUGGCGGCCGUGUUCGCUGGCAGUCCUCAGCUGCUGGGGACAGUGAAGCUGUGUUCAGGCGCAGCCGUUACCAGUUUGCCUCUUUACUCAGACGUCAACCUGCUGAAGAGGACCGAAGACAGUUACCAGGUCUACGCCAUGAGAUCUGCGGAGGACGUCUACAAGCUGCUGACCGCUCAAAAAACAAACUACGUCAUCAUCGAGGAGUCGAUUUGUAACGAGCUCACUGUCAACAAGGGCUGUCGGAUCAAAGACCUGCUCGACAUCUCCAACGGACACGUUGUGUACGACAAAGGAGAGAUUUACUCCUUCUCCAAGCACGGACGCUUUUGCCACGAGAUAAAAUUGAACUACUCGCCGUACACAAACUACUUCACCCGCGUCUUCUGGAACCGCUCGUACCACGUCUACAAAGUGAACUCGGUCAUCUCAUUUCAGUACUGACAGCUGCUCGGCCCAGCCCAGCCCCACCCUCCUGUUACACUUCCUAUCUCCCGCACACUUUGUUUUUUCUUUAGAAUAAAUGUCUGAUCACUGCU